AUGCUCGCGCAUGUUCCUUUCGAGAUCGCGAUCAAAGAGGCGAGUGACAAGACAACUCUUGACGGAAAAGACUUCACCCUUGAAGAGAUAGACAACCCUUACCUGCCUGCACUCGCUAAGUAUUUCGAUUCAAAGGGUAAGAUCACAAGCGUCACUGAAGUUCUUCAAUCCGCGAAUCGCGAUUUAGUAAAACGGUCGCCUCCUCUCAGCAAUGGGGAUGGGCCUCCCGCUGAAUCGUGGGCUUGGAACUCAGGCGAUGAUAAGACGACGGACUGGGUCCCGCAGGGAAUCACGAGCUCUGCCGAUGCUUUUGGGAAGGGAACCUGGAAUGACCACGAGGUCUGGAUUGUCAGUUGGUAUCGCAGUGGGGAUAGCGUACGGGUCAGCUUUAUUGAUCGCAAGACAAACAAAUAUCGCCAUGUGAUGCUGGUUUAUCCUACUGCCGACGAUGACUUUGAAUCCAUCAGUAUUCAUGCGGGCGGCAUCGCUUGGUAUGGCAAUGUGCUAUAUGUUGUCGAUACUCAUAAGGGUAUUCGCGCGUUUGACCUGGACAAUAUCUGGGAGGUUGAUAUUGCAGAUGGAGUCGGAAAAACGGCAGACGGACAAGGGUAUUCUGCGGAUGAGUACCGAUAUGUGCUUCCUCAAAUGCGCUCUUAUAACUGGAUAGCCGGCGACGCUUCUCCCUUCCGCUUCUCUUGGAUUUCCCUUGAUCGGAGCGACUCACCAGACACCCUUAUGGUAGGUGAGUUUGUGAGGGACGGGGAAACUUUUGACGACGCCGACAAGACGCCAGUUCCUAUUCGCUAUGUGAAAUACAAUUUGGAUGCGGAUACUAGGCGGCUCCAAACCGAAAAUGGCAUCGCUACCUCAAGCUGGGCGUCCUGUGUCAAUAUACCCAAUGUACAGGGUGCUGUUUCAUACGAGGGCAAGUUUUACAUCUCGCGCAGUACGGGCAGAGCUCCCAAGAAAGGCGACCUUUUCAUUUGGGAAGAAGGGAAGACAGCGACUGAACAAACGGGAUGGUUUUCGGCUGGAAAUGAGGACAUGAGCUACAAUCUUGUUCGCAAGGAGUACUAUACUGUCACCGAGUAUGACCAAGAUCGGCACAUUCUGGCUUAUAAGGUCUAG